GCAAUUUCACUUCAAUCAGUGUAUUUUCCAUAAAUUGUUGAACUCAUUGCACUGCUGUGAUUCUUCUCUGAGUCGUUGCUGCAUCCUGGUCUUGUGAAGGAGAGUUAGUAAUAGUGUGCUGGAGAAUUAUGUGUAGUAUUCAUGCUGAUGAUGAGCUCGGCGCUGCCGGCGUUGGAGAUCCAGCGCCGGUUGAACGUCGUGACUCAAUGGCAUUGCAGCAGAAGUGUCGCAAAUGUACCAAACCAGCCUUGAUAGCUGUGCGAACCAAGGAAUGCUUCUGCCAAGAAUGUUUCCUGUUGCAAUGCCGUCAGAAGUUCCGAACAACAUUUGGCAAGGCCAGGCUUAUCCACAAGGGAGAUACGGCACUUCUAGCGUACUCUGGCGGGGUAGCUUCCUCCACACUGCUAGGUCUCUCCAAGGAGGGUCUCAGUGACGCUGAGCAACGCAAGCUGCGCUUUGUCCCGACUGUGUGUUAUGUGGACGAAUCCUGCGUACACGGCUGGUCCGACAAUGAGCGACGUCGAACGCUGGGUAGUGUGCACCGCGUGCUGUUGGACAGUGGCUUCCCGUUCUGUGUUCUGCCUCUUGAACUGGUAUUCUGCGAGGACGGCAAUAUUGAGCAGUACUUUACACGCGCUGUAGUCAGUCCACAGCUACCGGACGCAGCGUCCGAUGCGGCCGCCGCCGGUGCUGAGGAGGCGGGUGAGGAGCGCCACUGUCAGCAAGGCAUCGAGCCAGUGCCGCUGCCGCCAGCACUUCCAUCGGAGCGCUCCCGUCUUGUCGACUGCGUGGCGUCGUGCAAAAGCCUGACGGCGAAGGAAGACCUGGUGUCGACUCUUCGAGCGCGCCUGCUGUCUGCCAUCGCCGCCUGUGGUCACUUUGAUUGGGUGCUGACAGGCGAGAGCUGCACGCGUCUUGUCAUUCGCACGCUGAGCGACAUCUCCAAAGGCAAGGGAGCAGCGCUCCCGUACACAACAGCGUUCGCUGACCGGCGUGAGAAGCAUGCAGCUUUCCUGAGGCCGUUACGGGAGUUCUCGUCGAAAGAGCUCGGCUUCUACUGUCACCACCGGCAAGUGCAGGUCAUCCAGCCGCUGGAGAUUGCUACAAAGGUGCCGGAGAAUGCCAGUCUGGACCGGCUGACGGAAGCAUUUGUGCUCGGCUUGCAGGCCAAUUUCCCGUCAACCGUCAGUACUGUGUUUAGGACCAGCGAGAAGUUGAGUGUGGCCGGUGGAGCAGCGGUGUCUGACGAACGCUGCGUCCUUUGCGGGUCACCCAUGGACGUACCGUUUGGCUCUGAUGACCAAACCGAGAUGUUCACCAAAGCGAGGUCAGCUGCCGGUCACCUGCUCGGCGGCGUGCUAGCCAACACGUCAGCAGCAGCAGCAACAGUGACAUCAUUAGCAGCGGCGAUGGCAUCAUCGGCAGCUGCUGCUGUCCCUUCCAGUUCUGCUGCUACCACCGCAACUACUAUCGCUUCUCCUGCGCUGUCGUCUUGUGCUGCUCCGGAAAACGGUGACUCGGCGGCAGGCUGUGGAGGCAGUUGUUCGUGCAGUGGUGGUGCUGCUGCUGGUGCAUCCGCACCGUCAUGCCAGCAGUUUACACCAGCAAUGCUCAAGCCGUUCACAUGCUACGGUUGUCGGCUUGUGCUCCAUGACAUGAAGCAAGAUCAGCAAUCCCUGUUCCCGACGCGAGUCACGCGUGAUGUGCAGUUGGCUUCUAAUCGGUCUGAGAUGAGGGAGCAGAUCAAGGAUUUCCUGCUGGAGGAUGACUGAGCGCUGCUGUGCAGCAUGCACCCCGUGUGGCUUACUUGCACGCCCCGUGGACUAUUGCGUCGGCAACACGCAGUCACGCAGCACGCAACGCGCUGGCUAUUUGCUGAUGGAACCAAGCUCAGCGCGGUUGUGUACUAGGUCUUGCUGUUACCACGGCACCUGGCUCGACUGGUUAACGUUGCCUUUGCGUGUGCUAUCGUCCUGGUAUAUGUACUGGCAGCACACAACACGGCUGGAGGCAGAGAGUAGUAAACUACUGGUAUUUUUACUACUCCCUGGCCGGAGGAGUACUUAUAGGAGUGUCACCAUGUCUCCUAGUGUGUGUGUCGACACGCUAGUUACCAGCAGAGCAUUGCCAGCCGUGCAGGCCCAAGUGGGCUGACCUGUUGACAUGCCACCUACCCGCACUGCAUUGUCGUGCAGUUUGAUGAAUGUGUGGGUGACAUCGCUUGCAGCAUUUCAGUGGCUGAUACGCUGUACACUGUACACUCUACACUGUACAACCACCUCUGCGCAUAUACUCUACUGGAACUGGCUAGCAGAUCUGCUUCUUCUCUAUAAGUUACUGCAUGUGUUAUGCUGGUGAAGCCCUGCAGUCAGCUACUCGAGCUGUCUAUUUCCUGACAGUAGUAAUAUUUUGAACUUAUUUUGAACUUCUUGAGGUAGCACUUGUGCGAUGUUGAUCAAGUUGCUCCGACUGAUAUACAUUGUUUAGAGUUUCACCAAGAGUACGUAACCCCCGGGGGUUAUUUACCUUGGUUUCACGAUUGAACACUCAUCAGACGAAUGACAAGGACUCACAAAUAGUUCAGUAUUAUAAGGGCAAAAGCUCCGAGUUUUUAUGAAUAAAUUUGCCCCCGUCCUCCUCCACUGUAUGCCUAUGCUCUGUGUAUGUUCUACACAUAGAGUACUGUCAGCGUGGCGCUGGCCUGCAUGCACUAUUGUGAUUACAUGCACAAUGGUGACCAAAGAAAUCCGACUCGCGAGUCGAAAGCAGCACGUUGUUUGCACGACGCACGGUCCAAAAACCCACCUGUGAGGGCCGCAUGAGCCUUGGCGCUGCUUUAAAUUUGGCUCAUGGGUCGGAUUUCUUUGUCCACGACUGUAUAAUUGUAUCAGAGUCUGAGUAUACAACUUUCUCUCUCUCUCUCUCUCUC